AUGUGUUGCUCACUGAACUCAACUACCCCUGAUACAUGUCAUCCGAACGGUCUGUGUUUGAGCAGUGCAGACAGCAAAUACGGCUCGAACUACUGGAGGGACUUCUGUACCGACGAAACAUGGAAUAGCCCCAAUUGCCUAAGCAAGACAAUCUGCGACAAGAGCGCUGGAGGAUCCUCAAGUUGGACUGCCCGACUCACCAUAUGCGAUGGCGGCGCGUAUUGCUGCGGUACAGAUAAGAGCUGCUGCUUGGAAGGCACAACAUUCACGCUCGCAGCUACACUAGUCAACAUUGGAAAUCAUACUACUGCGACUGCGAUCGUAACCGCCACUGUGACAUCGAAGGUCUCAGGAUCAUCAAAAGUGGCCAUUGGGGCCGGUGUCGGGGUCCCGUUGGCAGUUCUUGCUCUUGCAAUGCUCGGAGCAGGUUUCCUUUGGGGGAGGAAAAAAGCACAGGCGAAAUUGAAUGCGUUAGACGCCGCCCAUGCGGAUCUGAAGGCGGAAGAGGAUAUGCGAUCAGGAAUAAAGCAGGCAGACCCAAGGCCGCUCUAUGAGGUUUCUGGUCUGAUAUCGCCUAGUGAGCUGCCUGGGAGCAAAGCGCAGAUGCGAUAA